CUAUAAACCCGGGCGGUAGAGUGAAACAGCCUCAGUGUGAAGGAUGGGAGAUGAAACAUUGCCAUUGUCCUCCGCUCUGAUGUCAGAUGGAGCAUCGUUCAGUCUGAGCAGCAGAACCCAGCAGGAUGACAGGUCCUCUCGCCUUCUGCUGCCUUCUCCUCUCUGCUCACACUCUGAGUCUGACAGCUGGUUACUUGACCGUUUCCAUUGAGCCUCUUCCUCAUGUUGUUAUUGGAGACACAGUCACACUCAAGUGCAACUUCCAAACAGACGGCAACCUCCGAGAGAUUGUGUGGUUUCGGGUGAGCACACAGGUGAUUGAAGGAGGCAGUGCCAAGCAAAAGAUUUUCACCUAUGAUGCCAUGUACAACACCAGCUAUUCCCACAUGGAGGAUAAUCGCAGACGAGAGGACCUGGUCUACCAGUCAACUGUGCGGCUCCCUGAGGUCCAGAUGGAGGAUGACGGCCUGUAUGAGUGUCAUGUGGGGAUCUAUGACAGGAGCUCCAGAGACAAAGUGAUUCUAGCCUCGGGCAGCAUUAUUCUCACUGUCAUAGUACCUCCCAAGUCUAUCUCUGUGGUGGCAGCAAAUAGUCCAGCUCCUUUUAGUCGCUACGAGGCCCAGAACUUCACUCUGGUUUGCAUUGUUACAGGAGCAAAACCAGCUCCCAUGGUGUACUUCAAGCGGGAUGGUGAGCUUAUUGAUGUAGUACCAACUUCCCAGUCUUCCUCCUCAGUGGGAAACCAAAGCAAGGGUCAAGACAAGAGCCAGGGAAGGAGCCAGGCCGGGCUCUGGAGCUCCCAGGUUCUCACCAGUCGAGACCUCGAUGACACCAAACUCCACAAGUCCCUGUCCCUGCUGGAAGAAGAGGGGAAGCUGGCACGGCUAGGCCAAGAUGGCCCUAACGGCCUCGAACAGGACCGAGGGCAGAGAUCUGAGUCUGACCCCAAGCCAACCACUGAGGUGAUCCCUGAGACUGUGGUGAGCCGGGAGUUUCCCCGCUGGGUCCAGAGCAGUGACCCACUCUACUACUUCCAGCACCGGCAGCAGGCAGCAGGUGACGGCACCAUGGAGGUGAGAGCCAUGCUGACCUGGAGCCUCAACCCUCAGCUGGACAAUGAGGCUCUGUUCAGUUGUGAGGUCAACCACCCAGCUCUGUCCAUGCCCAUGCAGGCUGAGGUCACACUGGCUGCUCCCAGAGGACCCAAGCUGUCCAUGAGCCCCAGUAAGGCAAGGGUGGGCGACACAGUCCGGAUCACUGUCCAAGGCUUCCAGCUGGGACCGUCUGCAAGUGAGGUCUUCCCUGAGCCAAUGUUCACCUGGACCAAAGUUGGCGGACGUCUGCUGGAUGGUAGAGAGGAGCAUGAUGGGAGGGAGCUUGUCUUAGAGAGAGUUCCUGCUGAGCUCAAUGGGUCCAUGUUCCGCUGCACAGCCCAGAAUCCUCUGGGCUCCACAGAUACCCACACCCGCCUCAUAGUGUUUGACAACCCAAGACUGAAGAAACAUUUUAUUGCUAUUGAUGCGGCCGUCAGUCAGCGCUCCCUCACAUUAACCUCCAUGCUGCUGCUGCUGAGGUUCACCUGCGAGCUGACGUGACCUGAGGCUCUGCUGCUCCUCCACACACCUCCACCCACAUCUACCUGAGGCACCUGCUCUUUAAUGACUCCCUUGUAAUACCUAAACCUCCACCCAGCUGUUAGCGGCGACACGCAGUGCUGUUGGAACAUUUAAGGUGCAGCAGACUUCAACCCCGGGAGAGAGGACAGAUAUGGAUACAGAAUCAGAUACUGAACAAAGAUCCAGUUGUUAUACAGCAUGCUGGCACACUGUGAGCAACUUUACUGAUAGGUCAUACUCUGAUGAGUGUGUAAGAGGCUCUAACUGUAUCACACUACGGGAAAACCUGGAUCUAGUAUAUCAUAUCCCAGGGUAUGGUGACAUUGGAGAGUGGUAGUCCUGAUAGACUAUAGGCUGACCAAUCAGCAUAGCCAGCUCUCAUGCUGAUACCAGACCAGACUCAUCAGUAUGUCCCCCAUGAUAUACUAAAAAACUCCACUUGCACAAAAUUGAUAUGCUAAUGGACAUGUGGAAGGCAGGCAAAGCCAUGUGAAAGUGCUUGGAGGGUCUGUGACCACCCAUGAGGGCAGCUUAGACCAAAAAUUGCCAUCAGGUAAUUGGGGGAGUGGUUGGGGCGGUUAUUUUGUGGGAUCAGGAGAAGGAGGUAAAGUUGUUUGAAUUCUCAGAAAUUUUAAAAAAAUGCAGAAGAACAUCUGCAGGUUUUAUUCCCUUGUACAACACAGCUGCUCACCUGUAGUGACUGAGUUGGUUUGUCUUCUCUCUCUCUCCACUCAAAAAUCAUUAUUUCUGAAAAUGCUUCUAACACUCCAAGAAAGAAUUUCUCUCAUUCAUUUUUUCAUUCUUUAUCCUUGGGGGCCACAAUAAUGUCACUCACCUCCCAUUUUUCCUCAUUACUGGUUAACUGUAGAGGUGCUUCCUUGUUUAAAUGAUGGAGCUCUCCUUUGGGAAUCAAAAACAUGUUAUAGGAAAUGAAUGAAAUGAUCCAAACUAUCUCAAACUGUUUAGGAUUCAGUGUAUGAUUCAUAGUAAAAAAUUUGCUUCCAAAUUAUUGUCUAUACCUAGACUUUUGUUAGACUAAGAGUCUCCAGCCAUUCCAAGUCAAUUCCAAAAUUAUUAUUGGAAAAUAAAUGUAUCCAUUGAUA